AAUAUGGCAUAUGAAUUAUAAAUUUGGGCAUUGUAAACUUUGGGUGUUAAGCUCACACUUGCACCACAUUAUCCCUAAAACAAGAACAUCAGAUCGAGAUGAAGGAUUGCAAUGUCCUCUUAGUGAUGUAUCCGGCGCAAGGCCAAAUCAAUCCGUGUCUACAAUUCGCAAAGCGCCUUGUGAGAUUGGGAGUUAAGGUCACCUUCUUGACAAGUAUCUCCGUCGUCAAUCGCAUGCCGGAACCGCCGUCCAUUCACGGGGUAGACUUCGCCACCUUCUCCGACGGGUGCGACGCCGGGUUCAAGGGCUCCGACGAGGAGUACCUCGAGUUCAACGCUUCUUUAAGGGCAAAAGGGUCCAAAGCAAUUUCAGAUCUCCUCACGGCUAAACUCCAAGAAGGGUCCCCAAUCGUUCAAGUUAUAUACACCACGUUUAUGCCGUGGGUGGGCUUAUUGGCCCAAAGUCUUGGAGUGCCCAGCACGGUUCUUUGGAUUCAACCCGCCGCCAUUUUCGACAUUUUUUACUACUAUUUCACGGGGUACGAGGAGAGGUUCAGAGGUGAUGAUAUUGGAGUGGUUGAGCUUCCAGGGUUGAUGCCGCUAACUGCGAGGGAGAUCCCUUCCUUUUUGCUCCCUACGGCUUCUAGCGCUACUGAUUUUAUGAUAGCUCAAUCCAUGAAAGACCAUAUUGAGCUGAUUAAGAAAGAGAGACCCAAGGUUCUUGUGAACACUUUUGAUGCGUUGGAGUUUGAGGCUUUGAGGGUUAUAGAGAAGGUUGGGUUGGUAGGAAUUGGCCCCUUGGUUCCUUCUGCCUACUUGGAUGGGGAAGAUCCUUGUGACACUUCGUUUGGGGGUGACAUGAGAAAGAAGAGUAAUGGUUAUGUGGAGUGGUUGGAUUCUAAGGCUAAAGGUAGUGUGAUUUACGUAGCGUUUGGUAGUUACUCUGAGUUACCUGAUGAAAUGAUGGAGGAAAUUGCGCGAGGACUAGUUGAAACGAGAAGACCGUUUUUGUGGGUGAUUAGGGAGGGAGGGAAUGACCAAAAGCCGGAGGAGAAGUUGAGUUGCAAGGCAGAUCUGGAAAAGCAAGGGAAAAUAGUGCGUUGGGGCAAUCAAGUCGAGGUUUUGCAACACUCUAGCGUGGGAUGUUUUGUGAGUCACUGUGGAUGGAAUUCAACUUUAGAGGCUUUGACUUCUGGGGUCCCUAUGGUGGGGUGCCCACUUUGGACGGAUCAAUGGUGUAACUCUAAGUUCAUUCAAGAUGUCUGGAAGACCGGGAUUAGAGUGGAUGUGAAUGAGAAAGGCAUUAUUGAAGCUAAUGGAUUGAAGAAGGCCAUAGAAUGCAUAAUGGGUGAAGAGGAGACAGGACAAGGCUUGAGAAAUAAUGCUACAAAAUUCAAGGCUUUAGCUAAGGAAGCAAUGAGAGAAAAUGGCUCAUCUUAUGUCAACCUCAAGGCAUAUGUGGAUGAGGUGUUACUUGGUCAUGGGCAAGAAUAAUAUUCUACGGAGUAUAUCUUUUAAAUUUGAACUAUUUGUAGUUGUUUUAAUAAACAUGUGCUAUAUAUUAUUUAAAAAGUUACAAAAAUAUCACUGUGAGUGUUUUAUUAGUAUCUCUUUUUUCAAACAAGAUGUGACAAUAGUCUAAUAUAAUUUUUAUCAUCUAAAAUCUACUAGUUGUGGUUUUUUAUCGA